GCUGACGCAGGCUGAUGAAGCCGCUUCUGGAAAUGCAAAGUACAAACGUUUAACUCUCUGACACGUUGAUUUGUCGCCCACAUGUGUGCGUAAGCCCCGACAGGAGAAAACAGUGGAAUGUGAACAGGAAGUGGAGGAAACUGCUGGAAUCUGGAAUUACUCAGGAGGAGAGAGAGAGACAGAGAGAGAGACAGAGAGAGAGAGAGAGAGAGAGGUUGCCUCUCAGCCACAACAAAGAGGAAAACAUGAGCAGUGACUACCAUCCACUCUCUGCAGCAGAGUCGUGCAGAAGUGUUGUCAACGAGACCCCAGAGUGCUUCAUAUGCCGAGAUGUUGAACUUCAUGCCUCUGACCCACUGAGGAAUUUCUGUGACUGCAAAAACUUACUCGCCCAUCACACGUGUCUGUCCACAUGGAUCCAGACGGGACAAGGGACUGAAGACAGACUGAGGUGUAUCAUCUGCAAAGCCAAGUACCAGCUCCAGUGGAGUUCUCCAUGGUGGUCGGUCAGCUUCCGGUGGCAGACGUGGCUGGUGCUGAUCACCGUGUUUGUUUUGCUGGGUCUGGUGCCUUAUGUCGUUCACUGCAUGAUGACCGCCUUCAUCAGCCCUCCUCCUCCCAGCUCCUUUAAAAUAGCAGCAGCCUGUUUCGGUCUGCUGACAGAGAUCAUGCUAAUCAAAUGUCUGUCGAGUUACCUCAGCAGUCGUUACCGGCAGGCAGAGCACAGCUCCUUCACAGUCCAGGCCAGGAGCUCAGAGGAAGACAGAGAUCAUCCGGGCCGCUGGGAUCAUUCCAACAGCGCUUCAGCAACAGCAGGUCAUGCACCGGCAGCGGCCUCAACCAGUCAAGUGGACACAAGGAAAGUGGACGUGUUGAAGAGUGGAUUUCUCAGCCUUUUCUAAACCACUGCCCAGAGUUUACAGAAUACACGGCCGGAGGGAAUCCUGUGUAUUAGCUGUGUCUCACAGCCAUUCAAGAAGUCCCAUCAGUACAUCUGUGUAGCAUUAAUGAGCUUUUACAUUUAAAAUGGACAAUGAACCACUGAAUAAUACGCCUGUGGUACACUUUUUUGCUAGUAGAACUCCUUCUUUUACUGGUGACACAUGAAAAUAGUUUGGCUCUCUUUGUGGGUACAAGUUGUUGACUUACGCUUGAUAAAUGGAUGAGGCAGCUAAUUCAACUGUUAGCUCCUAUUUUAGCCAAAUGCCAUUGGAUUUGUGUUUGCUGUUAGCAGCUAAUGUAGCAGUUAGCGGCUACUAUUGUAGCCAAACGCUGCUGCAUCGUCGUUUGAUGUUUGGCUAUUGAAGUCAGACAUUUUUAGCACUCAACAUUCUUAACGUUUAGCACCAGAUGUUUGCAUCAGCAAAUACUGAUGCCAUGAUAUGUGGCUACAGUAGCAGCUUGUAACGACAGUGUUAUGCUGCUUUCACACCAAACUGUCUCCAAGUACGUGACAUCAUCCGGAGAAUCUCAACACUAAUUGGUUAUGUUAGCGUCACGUCACCAAAGUUGAAAAUGUUCAACCUCAAACGAAUUAGAGCUGAAUACCAUUCCUGUGACUUCACCAGCUAAAGAUGGCUGUAGGAGUAAAUUAUGUUUUUUAGCAAAUAACAUAUUUCCAAGAUAUUAAAUGCUCUAGUUUUUCUGCAAUGUCAAAACUUUGCACUUUAUUAAGCAAACGUAUUCUCUCAUAUUACAAAAUGAGGAUAAGGAGGAGAAUGCACACAGCAUUCAUGAGUGUGAUCAGGCUCAGAGAGCAAAAAAAAAAAAAGAAAAGAGAGAAGCUGAAAUCACUCUCUUUCCUUAAUGAUGCCCACACAGAGACAAUGGGGCGCCGCUCUGAUUAGUGUCACCUGUCCUUGUGCAUCUCAUCAGCUCCAUUAUGGCUCCAUCUCCCAUGCUUCUCCUGCUAAUUGAAUAGCCUGUGAAGUGGUGACGAGGACGGGGGCGAGAGCAACGUCUGUCCCACCGCCGCCGCCGCCGCUGCUGCAGAAAAUGAGAGAAAAGCUUCCCAGUGUGAUCCACGAGUUCUGAAAACAUAAAAACCGUUAUCGUACGGAGGACGUGCCAACAAGUAGCCUUCAUGUCGUGUUAAAAUCAUAUCCUGUGUGGAUUAUUUUCAUAUGGAACAGCUAUCAGUUUGCAUUUACAGUGUGUUUUUCAGGGAGACGCAGUGCUGCACUAAACACGUCUUCAGUUUGGUUCACAGCGGACUAAUGUUUUUCAUGUUUAAUCCAAGUACAGGAAAUUAUACAGUUGAGUUCCAGAAACUGGAACGUUUAGUUAAAGACAGUAUUUUCUUUUAGUGUUGACAAUUUCAACGCCCACUAAACCCCAAACUUACAGCAUUUCAAAUAAACUAUUUGAAGCUGUGGAUUAAAGAUACAGUGUGUGAUUUAGAGGAGAAGUUACAGUUGAAUAUCUGUCUCACUUACCUCACUCUUCUCUUUCAAGGGUGUUGGAGAACCUAUGUAGCCUUCAGCGAGCAUCAAAACUCAAACCAGGUUCAGUUUGUACAUUGUGGGCAAUUGUAAAAACGUGGUUGUCCAAAAUGAAAAACAAUUCACACAAUCACUUAAAAUUAAGUAUAAUUGUUUCAUUUUAAGUGAAAACAAUAUCACCUAAUUGUUAAACUCUGCACCUUUAAUAUACAGGUAGACUAGUGAGCAUAUGUGGCAUGAGCAGUAUUAUAUUACACAGGUGAUCAGCCACACUGACAAAUGCACACACUGUGCAGACACUGAUGUUUAAAAUAAAAACAAUUUGGCUUUGCUUUAGUCUUCAUUAUAAAAAAUACUGAUGUGUUUUCAAGACUUUCAGGCCUUCACAUUAUCCCAUUAUGUUUGAAUAAUAACAAAUUACUCAAACAAAUUGAUUAAAUAACCUUUAUUUACAACAUUUGAUUGCAAACAAUAAUCUGAUUUAGAGCCUUUUUAAGCCUCCCAUUUAAUGGCUUGUUUAUCAUUUAUUUCAGCAUUCAAAGCCCAGAUAAGCAUUGUUUUUUACAUUAGUAAAUGUUGUUUUGUUUUGCAGUGACAUUCAACAAGGUGAAUAUUGUACAAUAUCGAUCAACAGCAUCCAUGGUCAACUUUAUUUCCACAGGAGCUGUUUUUUUUUGUUGUUUUUUUAAAUAACUGACCUGUGUGAAGGUUGUUAGAUCUUGACCAUACCAUGUAAAGUGCCUUGAUAUAAUGUAUGGUAUGAAUUGGCACUAUACAAAUACAAUUGGAGUGAUAUUAUGGUCCAUAGGAAACUGUCUUGUAUAUAUAAAUGUGUUAAAAUGACUGAAUAAUGAUAUACACCAGUAUUAAAGGUUUUAUACUGUUUGUGGAAACAAAUAAAAACUG